CACUCAUUUUUUCCCCUCUUGCAUUCAGGGCAAUAAGGUCUUUGAAAAGACCGCCCGUGAUUCAAAAUGGCGAUCCAGAAAAAGCACGGAAAAGGUCGUUUGGAUAAAUGGUAUCGGCUUGCGAAGGAGAAGGGCUACCGAGCCCGUGCUGCUUUCAAGUUGAUUCAGCUGAAUAAGAAGUAUGGGUUCUUGGAGAAGAGCAAAGUUCUUCUUGACCUAUGUGCGGCACCUGGUUCAUGGUGUCAAGUCGCUGCGGAAUGCAUGCCCGCGCAGAGUCUCAUUAUCGGUGUCGAUCUCGCCCCGAUUAAACCCAUCCCUCGAGCAAUUACUUUCCAGAGCGACAUCACUACCGAGAAGUGUCGUGCUACAAUUCGAGGCCACCUCAAACACUGGAAGGCUGACACCGUUCUUCACGAUGGUGCGCCCAAUGUCGGUACAGCCUGGGUUCAGGAUGCCUUCUCGCAAGCAGAACUGGUCCUUCAGUCUCUGAAGCUGGCAACGGAGUUCUUGGCGGAGGGUGGAAAUUUCGUCACAAAGGUCUUCCGGUCUAAGGAUUACAACCCUCUUCUGUGGGUGUUCAAGCAGCUGUUCACAUCCGUGGAGGCGACCAAGCCCCCUUCGUCGCGCAAUGUGUCUGCCGAAAUUUUCGUCGUCUGCCGUGGAUUUAAGGCCCCCAAGCGCCUCGACCCGAAAUUCCUCGACCCCAAGCAUGUCUUUGCUGAACUUUCAGCACCCACUCCCAACAAUGAAGCGAAGGUUUUCAACCCAGAGAAGAAGAAGCGCAAGCGUGAAGGUUACGAGGAGGGAGACUAUACCCAAUUCAAGGAAAUCCCGGUGUCCGAAUUCAUCAAUACUACAGACCCCAUCGCCAUUCUGGGUCAAUACAAUAAACUCAGUUUCGUGGAACCACCCAGUGGAGACCUCGCUUUGUCCACAGUGAACCGACUUGAGGAAACUACGGACGAGAUCAAAACCUGCUGCGAGGAUCUGAAGAUUCUUGGUAAGAAGGAAUUCCGCAACUUGCUGCGAUGGCGCCUGAGGGUUCGCGAGAAGUUCGGCCUCGUCGUGAAGAAAAAGCAGGACCAGGACCAGGAAGAGUCCGAGGAAGUGGCCGAGAUUGCCCCGAUGGAUGAGGAAUUGGCGAUUCAGGAACAGCUGCUGAAGAUGCGCGAGAAGGAAAGCACCCGUGACAAGAAAGAGCGCCGCAAGGAGAACGAGAAGAAGCGAAAGGAGAUUGUCCGCAUGCAGAUGCAUAUGACCACCCCCAUGGAUAUCGGCAUGGAGCAGCAUGGACCCGGAGGCGACGAUACCACAUUCUCUCUUAAACGGGUGGAUCGGGCAAAUGCUAGAGAUGCGGUUGUAAACGCCCGUGAUCUGCCAGCUGAGAGCGACAACGAGUCUGAGUCUGAGUCCGAGUCAGAAGAUGACGACGAGGAUGGCGAUCGCCUGGAGCGGGAACUCGACUCCAUGUACGAGCAUUACCAAGAGCGCAUGGAGGACAGGGACUCAAAACUGCGCGCAAAGAAGGCUCGUAAGGAAUACGAGUCCGAGGCAUGGGAGGGUUUCUCCGACGAGAACAAGAGCGAUGAUGAGGACGAAGAGGAUGAGGAUUCCAAGACUGCCGCUUCUGCAGUCCGGGCACCUCAGUCUGGUAGCCUCUCCAACAACGCUGCUAUGUUCUUCGACCAAGAUAUCUUCCAAGGGGUAGACGAAGACGAGGAGGAGGAUGAGGACGAUGAUGAGGAAGAGGAAGAAGACGAGGAUGAGGACGAGGAGGAAGACAGCGACAUCGAGAUGGAUGAAGAAGAGGUUCCCGCUCCUACGCCGAAGCAAAAGAACAAGAAGGAGAACAAGAAAGAAGCAAAGAAGCAGGAGUCGGAAUGGGUUGACUCUGACGAAGAGCCCGAGGAGCAAGACCCUCGAAAGCCCAACGGCCAGCUUGACAUCGAUAUCAUCACCGCGGAGGCCAUGGCUUUGGCUCAGCAGAUGGCUAGUGGCGAGAAGAAAACCUCAGACGUUGUUGACGAUGGCUGGAACCGCUAUUCGUUCCGUGACGUGGAUGGCAUGCCGGAUUGGUUCAUGGAUGACGAGAACCAGCACAGCAAGAUCCAGCGCCCGAUCACCAAGGCCGCCGCGGCUGCCAUCAAGGAGAAGAUGCGUGCUAUCAAUGCCCGUCCGAUCAAGAAGGUGAUGGAGGCCAAGGGCCGCAAGAAGUUCAAGGCGGCACAGAAGCUGGAGAAGCUGCGCAAGAAGUCUGCUCUGCUGGCCGAUGACGAGGCACUCAGUGAGCGGGACAAGUCCCAGGCCAUCACCAAGCUGAUGAGUAAGGCUACGAAGAAGAAGCCCAAGCAGCAAGUCAAGCUGGUGGUUGCCCGGGGUGCCAACCGUGGUAUCUCCGGUCGUCCCAAGGGUGUCAAGGGCAAGUACAAGAUUGUGGAUUCGCGUAUGAAGAAGGAUAUCCGGGCCCAGAAGAGACUGGCGAAGAAGAAAAAGGCGUAAAUGUACCAUUGUGGAUAGAGAGCAUUACAUAGUCAAUCGAGGGAGAUACCCACGCUACUAAAAGCCAA